AAUGGCGGAGAGCGCAGAAACUGAUGAUUUUUUUGAUUAUUCACCUAGGCAUGGAAUGGAAGAGGAGCUGAUACACAGAGCUAAGGAUGGGGAAAAGGCCUGGAAGAGACAACUGUUUGUUACUCUAGGGGCUUCCACAGGAGGCCUGAGUAUGGGUUUAUGCUUGGGCUGGGUUUCACCCGCUAUACAGCAAUUCCAGAAUGUGUCCAGUAUAAACUCCACCAAACUUUCUGGAGGAAAUAUAACGGAUUCUGAAGCGGAUUGGAUAGGAGCCGCACUUCCCUUAGGAGCUAUUCUUCAGGUCUUUAUUACAGGUAUAUUGAUGGACUGCUUGGGAAGAAGAUUAACUGUGAUUCUAUCCUCCCUGCCAAUGUGUAUAGGUUGGUUGUGUAUCAGCCUUGCGGGUCAACUUUGGCAGAUUUAUAUUGGUCGAAUUCUCACAGGACAGUUUACAAAUUGUAAAAUGUAUUAAAACCUUGAUUAAUAAUCGAGUUGGUGUUUAACGAAACCGGAAUAGUUUUCAAAAUUAUUUUAAUAGAGACAAAUAUAUACUUUUGCUUUUACUAGUAAAAACAAUCUUAUCCCAUUGUAUUUUACCUAAGACAGAACUAAGUAUAUGCACCCUGCAUGAGUAGUGCAAACCCAGGGAAUCGGGACUGGUUCAUAGAAGACGACAUUCAUAUAUGGUAUCUUGAAGGUUUCUAAUGGGAAAGUAUAAAAUGGAAGUCAGUCGUUCCCAAUUUAACCGCGUAAUCAUCGGAAAUAA